UGACACCCCAAACCCACCCCAAACAACAAGACUGCGGUGAAUCAUCGUCGACUUGAAUCGUCACUUUGGGUUCGAGAUUCAAGCAAAGCGAAGUAGUCCGGGGAGACGAUGGCCUGCACUGGUUGCGCCAAACAAUUUGGAUUUUUCACCAAAGAGCACGGUUGCCCAGUGUGUAAGUUUUCCUUCUGUACUGGAUGCCUCAAACACAAGCUCGUUCGUGAGGGCAAGAAGCUUACCGUCUGCCUGCGAUGUGCUAAAUUGUCCUCCGUGGCGAAUGAUGAUUCUAAACAACAAAGCUUACCACAGGCUGCCCUAGUGAGUGCACCUACCCCCCGCAUGGACCACGAUAGUGUCGCGAAAGUGUCCAUGACCGCCUCUGCUACGGAUGAGAGCAAAAUCAAUGAGGAAGAGGCGAUUCGAAGCAGGCUGGCCACACUGAGAACAGUGCAUGAGGAUGACCUCUCUUCAGCGCGGCCAUCAGACCACCUCGGUCCGCCAGAUACGGUCGACAUUGAAAAACGACUAGCCGCCCUCAAAGGCACCGAGUACAAGGAUGCGGCAAUGCGCGAAGCUGCGGCCCAGCGCUUCAUGACCCCGGAUAACCGAACGGAAGAACAAAAGGUACAGGAUCUGAUCGGUCAGUAUGUGGCCGAAACUAAACUCGACGAAGUCACGGAAAGCAGCACUGCGGAGCAGGAUGAAGAAAUCGCGCGACGCCUGAACGCACUGAAGGAGAUCGUUCCGCCGAAGGAAGCCCCAGCGCGGUCAGAUGAUUCCUCGGAUUCCGAUACGGACAGCAUGAAGGAUGAGAAACUGGCCCGUAAGCUAGCGGAACGGUACGCCGAAGAGGCCAAAAUUCAUAGACGAGCCAGGAUGGAUUCGUCCAGCUCGGAAUCGAUACCGGACGAUACUGAAGGGCCGUUACCGUGGUGCACCAUCUGCAACGAAGACGCCGUUCUGCAGUGUAAGGGUUGUGAUGGUGAUCUCUACUGCACGUCCUGCUACGACGAGUUUCAUUAUGACGAUCGAGGCGAACAUCCGACGGUGCCUUUCCGUAAGAAACGACAAGCGAAAGCAAAGUAGGCAAGUGGCGAAGAGUAAGCCGUGCGUCUGCAAUGGCGUCUAGUGUUUUACGAAAAGAUGGGUAGCUUUAUUCCGUUACGAACACUCUAGAAUACAUGUUUAUACGGUUCAAAAGAAGAAAAAAUAUUUGAAAAAUAAUGGAAAACUAAGGAAGUAAA